AAAACUAGGUUUUUCAGUGAAUUAAACAUUUCCGGAACCGAUGGGGGACCCAGAGAAGUUGCCAAUUGUAGGUUAUGUGUACAUAAUAAAAUAAUUGUUUAAAAUCCGCGGACGGUUCCUCUUGUUUUUAUGCACUCUUACGCACGUAUCCUUCCUUCCUUCUUCCUUCUCUUCAUCCUUCCUGUGUGUGGAUCGCGUGAAACGGGAUUUGGUUCCGGAGUGAUUUAAAAAGGACCGGAAGUCUCGCGUGGGGGUAUUUCUCUCUUUCUCUCUCCCUUUUUUUCUUUUUGUGGCUUUGUUAAAUGAGUUCGCGAAACCCGUGGAGAGACGAGGGCAUGGAGUUUGUGCACGAGUAUUUGCCGGUGUUUCGGGUGAAGCGGCCUUUUGUGGCCGGGACGCCGAUGCCGCCGGUGGCGCCUGUGGCGCCCGCUGGACAACUCCCGCCCUUCGCGUACCCCUGGCCCAAGUACUUCAACCGCUACGUUCUGUCGCCGGCUGCUUACCCGCCUGCCACUUAUCCCUUCACCCAAGCACUUACACAGCAAGUCUCUGGCAUGCAAGUUGGACAACGGGAAGGGUAUUUGUCGGGACCAGAAGGCUGCAACCUGUUCAUUUACCACCUGCCACAAGAGUUUGGGGAUGCUGAGCUCAUGCAGAUGUUCAUUCCUUUUGGGAACGUCAUCUCUUCCAAGGUGUUCAUCGACAGGGCUACAAAUCAGAGCAAGUGCUUUGGAUUUGUAAGCUUUGACAACCCUGCAUCAGCCCAGGCCGCAAUCCAGGCCAUGAAUGGCUUUCAGAUUGGCAUGAAGAGGCUAAAAGUGCAACUGAAGCGUCCGAAGGAUUCUGCUCGUCCCUACUGAGGAGGAAUUUAGAGAAAAAUUUCUUUCUUCUCUGGAAAAACAACAACCAACAACACAGGAAACAACCCUCUGCAUGAAAAAAAUUGAAAGAAAUCUCUCUUUGCAGCGGUUUUUUACUAUCAGACGUACAAUGGAAAAUUCCCAGGGUUUUGAGAAAUUGAGCGAACUCUUGAAAUUCCCUUUUUGAAAGUUUUUUCUUACAAACCUCCCACUGUCAUGGAAUGAACAAAAUAACGAGAGGAAUACCUUGCUUUUUUGCUAUUUUUCUCGGCACAAAAUUAACUCUGCUCAAUUGACCAAGGUUACCAAAGUUCAUUUCCCAAAUCCACUUGUUGGCAACCCUGGGUCACGCACUUAAUUACCAAUUUUAGCUGGGCUGGAGUUCGAAUACAUACUGACGCUGAAUGACAUUGAUUCAUAAUAUUUGUUCUCUGGGACGCUUUGACAUUGCCAAUUGCGUUUUACGUCUCUCUUGAAUCAUGACCAAAACAGUUUCAGUGCUGACCUUGGAAUCUUUUGGUUGAUCCAAGGUUUUUAUUUUGUUUUCAAAUAAUUCAGGGUUGCCAACGUUUUCGAAGCAGUUUGCUUUUUAUCCCUUUAGAAACCUGUUCUUAAAAGGAAAAUCUCCACUGCUGCCCCCCUGGAGAACGAAAAGAGAAACUGUGUGGAUGGAUUUUAGGAAAUCUUGAGGGUGGAAGACUUUGCCGGAACGGCGGUGAAGAAAUUUUUAUAUUUUGCGAACUCGGAAACGCGGUGUUGAGUGUUUCAUUUUUUUUCUCGACUUUUAAUUUUGACAUUUUUCAUUUCCUGUUUUAUCGCCCGCGUUUCCGGUGAUAAGAUGAGGAAUGUCCCAGUUGUUAGAACCGGAAGCUUAGCACAGCUAGUCAGCGUUUGCACGUUCGCCACGGGAUCUUUCAGGAUUUUGCAGAAUUUGGAUCUCUGUACAGGCUUCAUUCGCGAAUCAAACUUGUGUAUAUCGCUCGAGUAUAUUUUCCAGCGACGGGGGGGGGGGUUGAAAAAAAGAGAAGGGCCUGGUGCCAAAAGCAGAGGAGAAAAGAGGCAGAGCAGCGCGAAACCAAAGAGUUUUUUCUCUGGGUUCCCCGAAGGGUACGUUAACGUACCCCGGGCGACUCCCUAUCUUUGUCCUACUGGGAUACUUGUACAGGAAAUUUUAUUGUAGACGCCCUGACUAGUCUUGAGGCCCGUUGUUGGGCUGUGACCCAUGAUUGACCCCCACCCCUUUUUUUUCUGCUUGGGUUGUUUUUCCCCACCAAGGAGAAGAGUGGCUUUUUUUGCAACACACUGGAAAGCUUGGAAGGUGGCGCCACAGUCUGCAUGUAUUCAAUCCCUUCUUGAAUCUGUAUUCUCUUCAUGCUCAAGAAGUUCUUUUUCAAUUUCAUAAUGUUUGUGAUUUAGCUGUAAACGUUUUGGAAGCGGGUUUCUAGAAAAGCCUCUGCUAAAUUUGUUGACAGAGGAAAGAUUCCAUUCUUUGAGAUUACCAAAUUUAAGGAUUGAAAUGUGGAACCUUUGGGUCUCAAUUUCUUGUUAUCUGAUGUUUUACAUUUGAGAUCAUCUGUUGGUACUUGAUGUACAACAAAAAGAUUUUAAAUGCACAAAUAUACACAAGGUUAGACUACAAUUUGCAGUGACACCAAGUUCAGUAUUCAAUUGAUGCAUAUUGUUUACAAGCAGAGGCGUUUGAAAUUAUUUGUCAUAAUUGUCUCAUUUCUUGUCAACUGCAAUUUCAGUGGCGAAAAUUGCAAACUGAAAAUAUUGUGGUGAUCUCAUCUCAUGGGUGCCAUUUGAAAAACAUCAUCCCUCAAGAGUAUAUCAAGGCAUUAUGUUUCUGUGGGCUGAGAAAGCUACUCAAUUCCUUGAAACCCAACUGAAAAUUUGAUUUCUUGAAAAGGGUUUUACGCCGCUUUUUCUUUGUCAAAAGCGGUUUAUCAAAAAAAAAAGAGGAUUGACAAAAAAACGGCGACCAACAUAUUGUAUAGUUAUUUUUAUUAUCGGAACCACGCACUGAUUCGGUUUCUGCGACGGAAAUUUUCCUCCUAAAAAUUCUAGUCUUGAGAAAUUGGCCAGGUUUUUUUCUGUUUUGCGUCGCAACUGCGCAUAUCAAGUUCAUUUUUUUCAAACCGGUUCGCCGACGUUUCUCUUCUCCGGAAAUUUUUUUUUCGUUUUUGUUCCUUUCGAGAGGUUGAUUGCAUGGUGAUACAAGGGAAAAGAACCAUUUGUAAAUAAGAGUGGGAGGAAUUUUUUCGGGGUGAGAGAUUCGAAGGAGUUUUAUCAGGCCUCCGUCUUUUGAUCGACCAGAAAAACGCGCAUAUUUAUAAGUUACAAGUCCCAUGGCGGUUUUUUUCGGGCGGAAAUUCGCACGUUUUUGGCGCCCCCCGCAACUUUUUUUUCAAGCGCGCAAUUGUGAGAAGUCAUUUUAAAAAUGGGAGGGUUUCGCGAACGACCCAGCAAGACUUAUUCGCAAGAUGCAGUAUUGGUUAAAUAAAGUGAAUCGAUGCUUCAUCAGUCUCA